AUGUCAAAGUCGUGGCAGUCGACGCUGAGACUGCCAAAGGCUUCAAUCCCACCUCGGCCGACAUCACAGCUUCAAGAGCACUACCUCCAAAGAUGCACCGACGCCCUCUAUGAGUGGCAGGCCGCAAACCGGCCAGCCGACAAGCAGUUUAUCCUCCACGAUGGGCCACCUUACGCAAAUGGCUCGCUCCACGUCGGACACGCCCUGAACAAGAUCCUCAAGGACACCAUUCUCCGAGUCAAGGUCCAGCAGGGCCACAGGGUCAAAUACGUUCCGGGCUGGGACUGUCAUGGCCUACCCAUCGAGCUCAAGGCCCUCGAGGCCCUGGGUGUCAAGAAAAUGGCGCCAAUCGACGUGCGGAGCGCAGCCAGGGAGCUCGCCGCGAACACCGUCCUUUCGCAGAUGCGCGAGUUCCGGUCCUACGCCGUCAUGGCCGACUGGGACGGACGCUGGACAACGAUGGACCCUGCGUUCGAGAUCCGGCAGCUCGAGCUGUUCCUCAGCAUGGUCCGCCGGGGGCUGAUCUAUCGGAGGUACAAGCCGGUGUACUGGUCUCCAUCUUCGGGCACCGCUCUUGCCGAGGCGGAGCUCGAGUACAAAGACAACCACACCUCCCAUGCUGCCUACGUGACCUUCCCGGUCACAUCGUCGGCUGAUGGGGGCACUGCUCUUCGUCAACUCCUCGGUCAAGAUUUUUCGGGCCAACUAUUUGCCGUAAUAUGGACUACCACACCUUGGACUCUGCCUGCGAACAAAGCCAUCGCCGUGCAUGACGAUCUCGACUACGUGAUCCUAAGACACGGGAGCGAUGCGCUCAUAGUAGGAAAGGAGUGCCUCCAACAGGUCCUGGAGACGUGCUUCGGUCGCACCGAACUGGAAGAAAACGACUUGAUCGUGUCAUGCAAAGGCUCCGACUUGCGCCGCUUCUCGUAUUACCACCCGUUGCAUGGGGAAAAGGCAGCGUACCAACCCAUAAUCCACGCAGACUUUGUCUCGGCUGAGUCUGGUUCCGGCCUGGUCCAUCUCGCCCCUGGCCAUGGCCACGACGACUACGAGGUCUGCAGGUCUCUGGGUCUCGAGGUUUCUGCGCCGGUGGACAAUGACGGGCACUUCACAGCCGAGGCUUAUCCCCAGGAUCCCCAGCGCUUACAGGGGCUUUUCGUGCAAGGCAAAGGAAAUGCAGCUGUACUGGAGAUCUUGGGAUCCCACGUCUUGCACGUCCACAAAUACCAGCACAAAUAUCCUUACGACUGGCGGACCAAGCGGCCAAUUAUCGUGAGAGCAACGGCGCAGUGGUUUGCCGACGUCGCGGGGAUCAAAGACGAGGCACUCAAAGCCCUCGACGACGUCCAAUUCAUCCCCAGUGGCGGAAAGACCAGGCUGGAGAGCUUUGUGAAGGGACGAAGCGAAUGGUGCAUCUCCAGGCAGCGUGCAUGGGGAGUUCCUAUCCCUGCGCUAUAUGACAAGAACGGCGAUGCUGUCAUGACCGAGGAGACUGUGCAGCACAUUAUCUCGGUCAUACGUGAGAGAGGCACCGAUGCGUGGUGGUCUGAUGAGCCUGACGAUCCGGCUUGGAUUCUGCCAUCGCUUAGGGGCCAAGCAGAGUAUCGACGAGGAACGGACACUAUGGACGUCUGGUUUGACAGUGGCAGCAGUUGGACACACGAAGGUGAUGUUCAGGCGGACGUCUACCUCGAAGGCUCUGAUCAACAUCGUGGCUGGUUUCAGUCCAGCCUGCUGACAAGAAUCGCUGCCGCCGCCGCGGAUGAUUCCAACAGCAGCAGUCUUAUCAAACAGACAGUCGGCCUAGCACCUUUCAAACGUCUCAUCACACAUGGGUUCACUCUGGACAAGGACGGAAGGAAAAUGUCCAAGUCGCUAGGCAAUAUCAUAAGCCCUAAUCAGGUAAUGGAUGGGACUUUGCUGCCACCGGUCAAGAAGAGAAAGGAAAAGGGCACGCCGAAGGACUCAUCAAGUAAAGCGCCUGCUGGACCACACUUUGAUGCUCUCGGGCCAGAUGCUCUCCGUCUUUGGGCGGCUAGCAGCGACUACACUCGCGAUGUGGUGAUUGGGGAACCUGUCUUGAAGUCAAUACACAUUUCUCUAAUCAAGUACCGCACAAUCACCAAGAUGUUGCUCGGGUCGAUGGCCGAGACUGCCCGGACCACAUCACUGGGAAUCGCCGACCACAUUGCCAUCAUCCAGCUCCGAGACACCAUGGAGGAAGUCGGCAAGGCCUACGACAACUUCGAGUUCUACAAGGGUUUCAGCCUGCUGAACAGGUGGGUCAACAACGACCUAUCCGCCUUCUACCUCGAGGCCCUGAAGGACCGGCUGUACUGCGGCGACGGGGGAGGCGUGUUGGAACCCAUAUUCUGGGGUUUCAUGCGCAUGCUGACACCCAUCACGCCGUUGCUAGUGGAAGAAGCCUGGGAUCACGCGCCAGAGUGGCUCAAGAAAGAAAGCACACACCCGCUGCGGCAGCUCUACGCGUCCCCGAUUAUUGACGAAGCGCGGCUGUCGAUGUUGGAGCCUCAGCUGCGCGAGGCCAUGCCCGUGCUCUUCGCCGUCCACGCGGGCAUCAAAUCCGCCACCGAGCUGGCGCGCAGGGACAAGAAGGUGGGCUCGUCCCUCCAGUGCUCGGUCGUGCUGCAGAUCCCGGACCCGGCCGUCGCGUCCGCCCUCCAGUACGGCGACGAGCUCGAGAGCGUCUUUGUGGUUUCGUCUGUGCGCAUCAACGAGCCUGUUCCCGAGACAGCGGAAUGGAAGUACUCAAUCGAUUUCCACGUCCCGGUAGGGGCUUCGAAUGGCGGCCAUGCAGGCGGUGCGGAUGUCACGGAUGCUUCCAGCAGCGGCCAGGUCGACGUCGAGGGUGAGAGCUCGCUUGGUGGCGUGAAGUGUACGGCGUGGGUGCUGCCUCCAAAUGCGCACAAAUGUCCUCGAUGCUGGCGUUAUAUUGCCCCCCAGGAGGAUCAGCUCUGUGGCAGAUGUGAGGAUGUCGUCGAGAAGGGCGAUGUUUGA